GUUUUUCUGUGCGUGUGUUUUUGAACAGAGAGGAAAAGGAAAACAUUGAGGAUCAGCUGAUCGCGCGCAACGGUACCGGUACUGCUCAGUGAUGAUGAUGAUGAUGAUGAUGAUGAUGAGUGUCGGAGGUCGGUGCUGUUUGUCCGUGGUGUCGGUGUUGUUGUUGGUGUUGGUAGUGGUGGUGUGCGCGCGCGUGGGUCAGUGUGGGCUCGUGCACGGGGAACAGGUCGCAUUUGUGCGCGUGUCAGUGCAGCAGGAACCCGGCAGCAGUGUGUUACAGGGGCGCGUGCUGCAGGGACAACAACAACAACAUCAAAGCGGGGAAGAGCACGAGCUGCGGGGAGACCUGCGAUUGAUUAAAGAGGAACGUGUGAGGAGUGCGGAUCAUAGAAGUGAUGUUGAUGAUGAUGAUGAUGGUGAUGGUGAAGGUCAGAGGUCAGAGAUCUGGAUAGGCGUGGUUCCUGUCCAAAUGGAGGAGGGGCGUGUCCCAAACACCAACCAGGAGUCAUUCGCCUUCACUGUGGUCAACAAGAUGAAGAGGGCGCUGGUUUUGGGGGCGUCAGCUCUCAUCAUCCUCGUGUUAAACCAGAACACACUGAGAGAGAUGGACGUGUCUCAGGUUCUCUCUAAACCCAUCAUCAUCAUACAGAACUCAGAGAAUGUCACUAAACUGUUUGGGGCUCUGCUCAGAGGUCUUCAUGCGACUGCGAGAAUCACAUACAAAACAUUUCUACAGAAUAACCUGGGUGCGACUCUCACUCUGUGGUCGACUUGCGGUCGCUCCAGAUGGGGGCGCUAUGGGGAGUGGCAGGGCGUCGUCUGCACCGGAGAGACCAACUCACCUGUACAGAAAUAUCUGCAGCAGUUGUGGAACACGGUGGUGUUAAUCGCGCUGAUCCUCUCCACCGGAGUACUUGUUCAUGCCCGAUGGCAGUACCACGACGAGCAGCUCACCGACCAGCUGCAGCUUCACCCCAAACAGGAGCUACUGAAUAAACUUUCUGUGUUAAAGACCCGUAAAUACAGACAGAGAAAACACACAGAGCCACCAGACACUGAGAACUGUGCAGUGUGUUUAGAGCAGUACACUACUAACCAGUGUUUGAGGGUUCUGCCGUGUCUACAUGAGUUCCACAGAGACUGUGUGGAUCCGUGGCUUCUCCUUCAGCAGACCUGUCCUCUCUGUAAACGCUGUGUACUCGGGAAUUUCUGCUGAAGUUCUCACGCGGAGUCUCUAUCAGGUCAAACAAUCUCAAGAUGUCAAUUUCUAGGAACCCUCAUACUGUACAUGCAGCGUCUCCAUGGAAAUGAACCCUGACCCUGAAAUACUUCCUGACUUUAGACUUUUUUUAUCCAGUGUGACUGUACAGUGAGUGUGUGUGUGUGUGUGUGUGUUACAGAUCAUCACACACACAUCUCAGACAGAGGAGAAGAAUUUCCACCCUCCUGUUUGACUCCUCAUGAAGAUGUCAUCAGUGUUUAAGUCUUUAACUCGCGUUUGUUUGUCUGUUUUAGUGUUUUUAUUUAUAUUAGUUAGAACUAUUUAAGAUCGAAUUCAGUAAAGGAAAAAGUUCACGUGCUGAACGCAAAGCGACGGAGAGACGAAUCUAAAUAUAUUUCAUUUUGAAUCUAUAUAAGAAUGUUAAAGAAAACACAAAAAAGCCCUCAUUAAAAGCUAUGAACAGUG